UCUGAAACGUCAUUCGUGUUUCAGAGCGCUUCUAAAGCGGUAGUAUUGUAGUACCUCCGUUUUAAAACUUGGUUAACUUUAUAUGCAAACAAAAUAUAAAUAUCGAAAUCGAAAAUAAAAAAAACUAAAUUGUAUUAACAAGUGGUUGAUGGGUGAUGUGAAUGAAAACGUUAUUUAAAUGAAUGUUUGUUUGAAAAAUCUAAACUAAUAAACGCAAAUGAUCGAAUUAAACAAAAAAUACCUAAAAAAUAAGGCCUUUAUGUGUUUCGCAAACUACAAAUAUUAGAACAAGUGUUUUCAAAUCAUAAAUUGGAAAAAUGUUUACUUUUGAACAAUACAAAAUUUAAAAAAAAAAAAUGACUUUAAACUGACUCAACCUAGUGUAAUUGCAAGAAAAAAAAACUUAAACUUAACUCAACGUUUAUAAUAAAGCACUCAACAAUUUUCACAAUAAUUUGCUGCAAACUAAAAACACAUAGAAAGGCAUUAGGAAAACACAUACAUAAACAAAACAAAAAAAGAAAAACGAACAUACUAUAGAGCCGACGAAUUUUAUAAUAUGCCCAUAAAAAAUUUCCUAAAUCGGUUUCAACCGAUACCACUGUAUAUCGUUCUGUUCCUAUCGAUAUGCUAUUUCAGUGUUCAGUUGAUAUUAAGUCAUCUCACACAUGCUCUCACCCUGCUUAUGGCCUCCUAUCACAUGCUGUGCAAUAUCCUUGCGUUGGCGGGCAGUAUAAUAACAAUAAGGCACAAUGAGUUACACAACAGCAAUGAAGAAAAAUGCUAUUCCGAAAUGGAGCUGCAUAAACAAAUUGUGGCAGUGGUCGAAAGGCCUACAACGGAUAAUGACAGCAAACUAGCAACUACCGGCGCCCUCACAACCACCAUCGUUCAAGUAGCCGAAGACGAAGCUCGAUUGACUACUGAGAGAAAAAGGCGCGAAAUGAAAACCAGAAAUACAUUUGGUUGGGCUCGCAUUGAAAUUCUUACCAUGCUGAUAGUUUGCAUUACCUUGGCGUCUCUCUCGUUUUCACUGCUGGUAGAGGCUUUGCAGACUUUGGUACACAUUGACCAUCAAGAUUCCAUGCAUUUGCCCAUACAUGUAAUGAUCUUGGGAGUUGUUGGUUUAUUGCUAAAUGGCUUCACAUACAUUCUAAUUGGUGGCUAUACCUUGCAUCAAGGAAAUUUUUUGCACAUCAAUCCCUUGGGUAAUGUUGUGUUGGAACCAUCCGGUAUUGCUAUAGAAAGUAAUGGAUUGUCAAAGGCUAGUGUAAACAGUGAUCAUCAAUUGAAGGAGGAUUUGAAAGCUGAAUUGGGCAAAGUGCAUUAUCAUACCCGAAGAGAGGGACCUGCGGAAUUCCUAAGAGAUGUUUCAAGUACAAUAUUUGUGAUUGUAUGUGCUGUAAUUGUUCAUUUUGCCAAGGAUAAAGAGCAUACGGCAAAAUUCAUUGAUCCAGUACUAUCGAUAUUUUCCUGUGUGUUGGUGGUGGCCUUGAGUUAUCCAUAUAUGAAAGAAGCCUGUAUGAUCUUACUACAGACAAUUCCUGGCAACAUUGAUAUGGACAAUUUCGAGAGCAAUCUUGUGACUAAAUUCCCCCAAAUUGUCAGCUAUCAUGAUCUUCAUAUAUGGCAAUUAUCUUCACACAGUUACAUCGCUACAAUACACAUAAUUUUUAAAAGUCAUAAAUUCUAUGAGAAGACUGUCGAAGAUUUGCGUUCCUAUUUUCAAGAUCAUAGAAUAGCCUAUAUUACCAUACAGCCUGAAUUUCAGACAGAAGGUAUAGAAGGUGCAACCACUGCAUCGACGGAAUGUCUAAUACAAUGUCAGAAUCCCGAUUGCGCAGAUAAAGUAUGUUGUAAAGAUUCACUAACCGAUUUACGAGAGAUUAGUGUAACCCCAAAUGGUGAUAUGGCCCAUGGCAAAAAAUCUAAAAAGUAUCAACACCAUCACAAUGGUCAUGGUCACGGGCAUGGCCAUGCUCAUGGUCAUAGCCAUAAACAUAAGCAUCAAAGUCAUAAACAUGGUAAGGGAGGCAAAUGUAAAAAAUCCCUAAACGAUAUCAGAUAUACAGAUGUUACGAAUAAACCAAAAAUGGAAAUGCCCGAAGAAACAGAACCAAAGACUCAGCAAAGGGCAACGGCAAACGUGGAAGUUCCUAUAGAUGAUAUAAGACAGUUAAAAGCAGAAAUAAAACUAGAAGGGGGAAAUCAAAAUGAAAAUGCAAAGGAACCUACAAAUGACAAAGAAUUAUUACAAAAUCCAAAUACUAGAACUAAGACUGAAGCUUCCAUUAAUAGUGAUGCCAUAAAGGCCAGUGAAACUACAGAUGUAUCCAGAACUUACUGCAAUGGAGACAAUGAAUUCGAGGCUAGUUGUACAAAAUGUUGAUAACUUGAAAACACACACACACGCAUUCAAAUACUCGGUGGAAUUUAACCUUUCAUAUGGAAUUGCACUGUAGUUGUAACUGCAUAACAGGGAUUUGCUAGUUUUCCAUAAAAAGGAUUUUAAUAUUAUGUAUUUUUUACACACAUGCAUAUUUACAAGGACGUACCAUAUCUAAUAGAUUUAGUAAAAAAUAAAAAUAAAUAAUUGUUUGCAUUAGAAUAUGUUUUUAAUUAAGCUUUAGUCCCUUACAUAUAUUUUUACAAAGUCCAUUUCGUAUUGGCCGAUACUGUCAUAGAAGUAUCUUCUAUUACACUUAGACCUUAAGCAUUUGAAAAGCCAAAUUGUUAAUGAAAACAAAAAGUUGUGACUAGUUUUGUAAGUUUCAUACAUGUGCUAUUAUAAACAGAUUAUAUUUUAAGUCAAUGUUAUAUUUUAAGAUUUAGUUUUUUCUUAAAUAAAUGUUAAAAUUAUAGAGCAUUUAGAAAA